CUCCAUAUGGCAUCUUGAAGGAAAAGGAUAAUUCAAUCCUCUUAUCCUACCACCCAGUACUCACUACUGUUUUGCGCCUAUACUACCGUCUUGCCUAGCUUUCUGUCCCGGAGCUCGUAAUCUGCUGUGGUGAAUUUGGUCUUUCCCCCCAAACCCGAAUCUUUACCCGAGCCUGACCUAGGGUACUCUAAACACCCAUCACUUACACUUCCGACUGAAGUCUGAACAUUUAUCAUCUUGUCGUGUGACCGAGAGAAGUAGCGCAUAAAAUCACUAUUCAAGAUGACACGUCCCAAGAUGCCGCCAACGCCGGCGUCAUCUACUGAGAUGAAAAGUCAGGAUCAUUCACGCAAGCUAUCAUCCCUACAGAUGUCCUUUGAACUGCCCCCGUCGGCCUUGACGUCCCAUACGAAUUCCCAGACACCAAAAUGUGGAAGCAACACUUCGCCCGUAUCACCAAUGACUAAGACAGCUUACCCUGUCCAGCCGAGCGAGACGGUCAAAUCGAGGAGACGAUCAUCCGCUGCGCAAAAGGAAACAUUCGCUCUUCCCCCGCCCCCCACAAGAUCUCGUAGGAUCAUUCAGAUGAAACCUCGUUCUCAGGAAGAGCCGGCUUCACAGGACGCGUCAGAUAAAGCAACUUCCACGUCCACUAGUAAGAAUACGGGGUCAAAGAAGAAGCAGCCAUCGGCAACUAGCGCUGCAGGAAGAAAGAUUGCGAGAAAGACAGCCCACAGUCUCAUUGAACGACGUCGGAGGUCUAAGAUGAAUGAAGAGUUCGCAGUGCUCAAGGGUUUGAUACCUGCCUGCACGGGCGAGAUGCACAAGCUAGCUAUCCUUCAGGCUUCGAUUGAAUAUGUGCGGUACCUCGAGGACUGUGUCACUAGUUUGAAAGAACAACACCAUGGUCAAUCUUCUGCACCGGCUCCGGCCCAGUUUAGACUCCCCGUGCUUAAUGAUGGCGACGCAUAUGAUAUGGACGAUAAGGAGGAUGACGAGGAAGAAGGUCAAGAGGGUCAAGAAGACGUUGAGAUGACGGGCUCCGAGGCCCCUUCACCCGUCUAUGCUCAGACACCUGCUCGUUCCAAUCAAUCUUCUGUAUCGCCGGCGCUAGUUGCACAAGAUGCGCGAGGGAGGCAGCAGUCGUACUCUUCGGUCUCGACCGAGUAUCGGCAUUAUAGUUACAGCGGACCAGCCACGACAUCGCCCGCCUUCAGUCCUCGAGGAUACCCACAACAGCCUUUGGAGACGAUGUCCGCGUCGCAUUCCACACUUGCCAGUCCAACCCUAGGCCCUCAGCAGGACCUAGAUCAGGAGGCGUCCGCGGCGCUCCUCAUGCUUAAUGUAGCUCGUAGGGCGACCGCCAACGCUGGUCCGGGAAGGGGCAUGAGCGUUAGGGACUUGCUCAGCUCAUGAAAUUUCCUUACUCAUGGAUUUAUUGGGUUCGUAACUCGGCGUCGGUCUUCGGUCUUCGGGCUUGGGUAGGAAGGUACACAGCGCAGGUUCGGGUGGGUUUCCUGGUUGGUGGGUGGGUUUAUGCGUACAUAUUUUUUUCUUGCUAGCGGAUUCGGAGUGGCCGUCCGUACUGUAUAUCUAUACUUUCACAUCAGGAGACACAUGGGUUGAUGAUAAUGUCAUUAAAAAUCUUGGGGACUUUUGGCAUGGGUACGAUGGAUGGAUGGAUAGGUUGGUUGGUUGGCUGAUGCUACUCGGAUAAAUAGGCACGUAGGUUAGGUCAGGUUAGGUACUUACCCUACUCUACUGUAUCGAAGAAAGGGUAAAAUCACGAACUGCACAAAGGGCGUCUGUGCGUUAGUUACAUACCAAGGGCCAAAACUAAACUCCGCUUGCUGUGCCGCGCGCUGACGAGCUAGUGGCGGUUAUUAAUUGUUUUGUCAUAUUAUAACC